GGGCGUCUUCCACCCAGUCGACCGAGAGGGUUCACGACACAAGCUCACCAGCCUCCUCACAGAGCACACACCUGUUUAACUGUUAACCGGAUGGAAAUUAGUGUGUUUCUAUACUUGUGUGAUAUGUGCUGUUCCUCCUGAGUAUAAAAGGAUAAUCGUGCUAUUUUCCUCGAGUGUAUUGUGUGCCGAGUGAACCGACAGGCCGCCCCGUUCUCCCCUUCGCACCCGGUGUUCGCGCUUCCGAUCGCAACAUGGCUGACGACACGAAGGUCGACCGUUCGGACCCGGAUUUCAAAUAUUUGUCUGUCGACAGGAACACUUUCAACGACCCGGCGACCCAGGCGGAAUGGACGCAGAAGAGGCUCGUCUGGGUGCCGCACGACGUGGCCGGCUUCGUCGUCGCCGGCAUCAAAGGCGAGCGCGGCGACGAAGUCGAAGUCGAGAUCGUCGAGACCGGGAAAAGGACCCUCGUCCCCAAAGACGACAUCCAGAAGAUGAACCCGCCCAAGUACGACAAAGUCGAGGACAUGGCCGAUCUCACUUGUCUCAACGAGGCCUGCGUCCUUCACAACAUCAAAGACAGAUAUUACUCCGGACUCAUCUAUACCUACUCCGGGCUUUUCUGCGUGGUCGUCAACCCUUACAAAAAGCUGCCGAUCUACACGGAGAAAAUCAUGGAAAGGUACAAAGGGAUUAAAAGGCACGACCUACCACCACACGUCUUCGCCAUUACCGAUACAGCUUACCGUUCCAUGCUCCAAGAUCGUGAAGAUCAAUCUAUACUUUGCACUGGUGAAUCAGGAGCUGGAAAAACUGAAAACACGAAGAAAGUUAUUCAGUAUCUUGCGUACGUGGCGGCGUCCAAGCCCAAAUCUUCCGCCACGCCACAUACGGCUCAAAAUCAGGCUCUGAUCAUUGGUGAACUAGAACAACAGUUACUCCAGGCAAAUCCAAUCCUUGAGGCAUUCGGUAAUGCGAAGACUGUGAAAAACGAUAAUUCAUCGCGUUUUGGAAAAUUUAUACGCAUUAAUUUUGAUGCUUCCGGUUAUAUUGCUGGUGCCAAUAUUGAAACAUAUCUUCUUGAGAAAUCAAGAGCCAUCCGUCAAGCUAAGGAUGAAAGGACUUUUCACAUUUUUUACCAACUUCUUGCUGGUGCUUCUGCUGAACAAAGAAAAGAGUUCAUACUUGAGGAUCCCAAGAAUUAUCAUUUCUUGAGCAAUGGUAUGGUACAAGUGCCUGGAGUGGAUGAUGCUGGAGAUUUCCAAGCCACUAUCGGGUCGAUGGCAAUUAUGGGAAUGACGAACGAAGAUCUUUCAGCUAUUUUUCGCAUUGUGAGUGCCGUUAUGUUGUUCGGCAGUAUGCAGUUCAGACAGGAGAGGAAUAGCGACCAAGCGACCCUCCCUGACAAUACCGUCGCUCAGAAAAUCGCUCACCUCCUAGGCCUUUCGAUUACUGAAAUGACAAAAGCUUUCCUCAAGCCUAGGAUCCAAGUCGGACGCGAAUUCUUAACGAAGGCUCAAACCAAGGAACAAGUCGAAUUCGCCGUCGAGGCCAUUUCGAAAGCCUGCUACGAAAGGAUGUUCCGUUGGCUGGUGAACAGAAUCAACAGGUCGCUCGACAGGACAAAACGACAGGGAGCGUCUUUCAUCGGUAUUCUUGAUAUGGCGGGUUUUGAAAUAUUCGAAAUCAACUCUUUCGAACAGUUGUGCAUCAAUUACACUAAUGAAAAGCUCCAGCAGUUGUUCAAUCACACAAUGUUCAUUCUGGAACAGGAAGAAUAUCAGCGAGAAGGAAUCGAGUGGAAAUUUAUUGAUUUUGGUCUCGAUCUUCAACCUACAAUCGAUCUUAUCGAUAAGCCAAUGGGUGUUAUGGCCCUUUUGGAUGAAGAAUGUUGGUUCCCUAAAGCAACCGAUAAGAGUUUUGUGGAAAAAUUAGUCGGCGCACAUAGCGUACAUCCAAAAUUCAUGAAGACUGAUUUCAGAGGAGUUGCCGAUUUCGCAAUAGUGCAUUACGCUGGAAAAGUUGAUUACUCGGCUGCACAGUGGCUUAUGAAAAAUAUGGAUCCUCUGAAUGAAAACGUCGUUUCACUCCUUCAGAAUUCACAAGAUGCGUUUGUCGUUCAUAUUUGGAAAGAUGCUGAAAUCGUUGGAAUGGCUCAUCAGGCUUUGAGCGAUACUCAGUUCGGAGCGAGAACAAGGAGAGGAAUGUUCAGAACUGUGUCGCAGCUUUACAAAGACCAACUGUCAAAAUUGAUGAUCACGCUGAGAAACACGAACCCAAAUUUUGUUCGGUGCAUUUUACCUAAUCACGAAAAGAGGCCGGGCAAAAUUGACGCACCGUUAGUUCUCGAUCAGCUAAGGUGUAACGGUGUUCUUGAAGGAAUAAGAAUAUGUAGGCAAGGAUUUCCCAAUAGAAUUCCAUUCCAGGAAUUCAGGCAACGUUAUGAACUUCUCACUCCAAACACUAUCCCCAAGGGUUUCAUGGACGGUAAAAAAGCAUGUGAAAACAUGAUCAACUCCCUCGAGCUUGAUAAAAAUUUGUACAGAGUUGGUCAAUCCAAGAUUUUCUUCAGGGCCGGAGUGCUGGCUCAUCUUGAAGAAGAACGUGAUUAUAAAAUUACGGAUCUUAUUGUCAACUUUCAAGCGUUUUGUCGAGGUUAUCUCGCAAGAAGAAAUUAUCAGAAGAGACUUCAACAGCUCAACGCCAUUCGUAUUAUUCAGAGGAAUUGUUCGGCUUACCUUAAACUGAGGAAUUGGCAAUGGUGGCGACUGUACACUAAGGUCAAACCCCUUCUCGAAGUUACAAAGCAGGAAGAAAAGUUAACACAAAAAGAAGAUGAACUGAAACAGGUCAAAGAGAAAUUAGAGUCCCAGUUGAGGAAUAGCAAUGAAGUCGAAAGGCGCCUCCAGACCGCACUCGAAGAAAAGGCAGCUCUUGCUGAACAGCUACAGGCAGAAGUUGAACUCUGCGCAGAAGCCGAAGAAAUGCGUGCGAGAUUAUCGGUACGCAAGCAGGAACUGGAAGAAAUACUGCAUGAUCUUGAGGCCAGAAUUGAAGAGGAAGAACAGCGUUCCAAUGUCUUAGCGAAUGAGAAAAAGAAGCUUCAGCUUAACAUUCAAGAUCUUGAAGAACAAUUGGAGGAAGAGGAGGGAGCGCGUCAAAAACUCCAACUCGAAAAAGUACAGUUUGAUGCACGACUCAAAAAAAUGGAAGAAGACCUUGCUUUGGCUGAAGAUAGCAACUCGAAAUUAGUCAAGGAAAAGAAGGUACUCGAAGAGAGAGCUAGCGAUUUGGCACAGACCCUCGCCGAGGAAGAGGAAAAGGCGAAACAUUUGGCCAAACUCAAAGCUAAGCAUGAAGCGUCCAUAGCUGAACUCGAAGAAAGGCUUCUAAAAGAUCACCAACAAAGGCAAGAAAUGGACAGAACAAAAAGAAAGAUCGAGACUGAAGUCAACGAUUUGAAGGAACAGUUAAACGAGAAAAAAAUCCAAGUCGAAGAGCUCCAACUCCAACUCGGGAAGCGUGAAGAAGAACUGGCGCAGUCCUUGAUGAAAAUCGAUGAAGAGGGUGCUGGAAAAGCACAAACUCAAAAAGCACUUAGAGAAUUAGAAUCCCAGUUAGCAGAACUCCAGGAAGAUCUUGAAGUGGAAAAAAAUGCCAGAGCUAAAGCUGAAAAACAGAAGAGAGAGUUGAAUGAAGAACUCGAAGCCCUUAAAAACGAACUCUUGGAUUCUUUAGAUACCACAGCCGCUCAACAGGAACUCAGAACAAAGCGGGAGCAGGAAUUGGCAACUCUUAAGAAAACUUUAGAAGAAGAGACUCAAAUCCAUGAAGUUUCUCUGACUGAAAUGAGGCAUAAGCAUACGCAAGAAGUAGCAGCGCUCAAUGAACAACUGGAAAAUAUUAAAAAAUCCAAAGCAUCGUUGGAGAAAGCCAAAUCACAGUUAGAAGCCGAGGUCGCUGAGCUCGCCAAUGAACUAUCGACCGCUGGCGCCAGUAAAGGAGAGAGCGACAGGAAGAGAAAACAAGCAGAAGCUUCCCUCCAAGAAAUGGCUUCCAGGUUGCAAGAAGUGGAGCGUGCCAAGGCCGACCUUACCGAUAGAGUCGCAAAACUGACAGCUGAAGCCGAUUCGAUAUCGCAACAACUUGAAAAGGCUGAACUCAAAGCAUCAACGGCCGUCAAAGAUUCUGCAACUAUGCACUCGCAGUUGCAAGAAGCCCAAACUCUUCUUGAAGACGAGACCAGGCAGAAAUUGUCACUGAGCUCCAAAUUGAGACAGCUCGAAAGCGAGAAAGAGGCGCUUAGAGAACAGCUUGAAGAGGAGGAAGAAGCGAAGAAAAACCUAGAAAAGCAAAUAGCGUCUCUCACUCAACAGGUUGCAGAAUGCAAAAAGAAAGCCGAAGAAGAAAGUGAAAAAGUUACUGAAUUGGAAGAACUUAGAAAGAAAUUAUUGAAGGAUAUUGAAACACUUCAAAGGCAGGUUGAAGAACUGCAAGCGGCUAACGACAAACUAGACAAAGGAAAGAAGAAACUUCAAGCCGAAUUGGAAGACGCGACGAUCGACUUAGAAGCCCAAAGGGCUAAAGUACUCGACCUCGAAAAGCGGCAGAGAAAUUUUGAUAAGAUCCUAGCUGAAGAAAAGGCCGUAUCAGAAGCUAUCGCGAUCGAAAGAGAUUCAGCUGAGAGAGAAGCGAGAGAAAAGGAAACGAAGGUCCUCUCGCUGACCAGAGAUCUUGACGAUUUCAUGGAAAAAAUUGAAGAACUCGAAAGGAGCAAGAGACAACUGCAAGCUGAAUUGGAUGAGCUUGUCAACAAUCAAGGAACGGCAGACAAAAACGUUCACGAGUUAGAAAGAUCCAAGAGAUUGCUCGAAACUCAGCUUGAGGAGCUUAAAUCCCAAAACCAGGAAAUCGAGGAUGAACUUCAAAUGACAGAAGAUGCCAAGCUCAGAUUAGAAGUUAACAUGCAAGCACUGAAGACUCAGUUUGAAAGAGAAUUGCAAGGUAAAGAAGAGUCUAGUGAAGAAAAGCGUCGUGGCAUUCAGAAGCAGCUAAGGGAUGUUGAAGCAGAGCUUGAAGAUGAAAGAAAACAGAAAGCCGCCGCCGUCGCUGCUAGGAAGAAGCUCGAGGCCGAUUUCAAAGAUGUCGAAGGGCAGUUGGAAAUGCACGCAAAGGUCAAGGAGGACUUGCAGAAACAGCUCAAGAAAGUACAGGCUCAACUUAAAGACGCUCUCAGGGAUGCCGAGGAGGCACGGCUCGGGCGAGAAGAACUGCAAGCCGCUGCCAAAGAGGCCGAGAGAAAAUGGAAAGGCUUAGAAACUGAGCUGAUUCAAGUCCAAGAAGACCUCACUGGAAGCGAAAGGCAGAGACGGAUAGCUGAGGCUGAGAAGGAAGAACUUCAGGAAGAACUGACUGCAAAUAGCAAACAAAACUCUCUCCUUCUCGAUGAGAAACGAAGACUCGAAGCGCAGAUUUCAUCAUUGGAAGAAGAGCUUGAAGAUGAACAGAGCAACAAUGAAAUUCUUAUGGACAGAGCUAAAAAAAGUCAGAGUGUUGUCGAGCAACUUACCUCAGAGCUUGGCACUGAAAAAAACAAUAACCAGAAACUUGAAGGUGAGAAAAUGUCACUUGAGAGGCAAAACAAAGACUUGAAACUCAAGUUGAACGAAUUAGAAACAAAUCAACGCACAAAGGCCAAGAUAACUGUAGCAAAUCUUCAAGACAAGAUCAACAAUCUAGACGAACAAUUAGAAGCAGAAGCAAAGGAAAAACUAAUGCAACAGAAGAUAAACAGAAAAUUGGAGAAGAAAAUCAAAGACCUUAUGGUUCAACUGGACGACGAAAGAAGACAUGCUGAUCAGUACAAAGAUCAAGUAGAAAAGGUCAACAUCAGAGUGAAAACAUUGAAGAGAGCAUUGGACGAGGCAGAAGAAGAAAUGAGCCGAGAAAAAACUCAAAAGCGUAAAGCAUUGAGAGAGUUGGAAGACAUGCGGGACACUCAUGAAAACAUCUUGAGGGAUUAUACCAACCUUAAAAAGAAAAUCAGAAGAGGGGCUGGCAUUUCUGGUCUGAGUUCGACAAGGUUAGGCGGAAGUAAACGUGGCUCGAUCACUUCCGAAGAUCCUCAAGGUCUCAAUAACACCACCGAUGAGAGUCUGGACGGUGAUGAUCUUUCUAACCCUUAAGCCACCUAAAAAGUGUUACGUCCAAAUUUUGCAUGUUGAAUAUAAAUACAAAGUGGAACAAACAUAUUCCAAAAGUGGAUAAAACUUUCAAUAAACUAAAAACAAAAGGUGGUUGUUUUUUUUUAUUUUGGAAUUUAGCCAAAUGUACUUAAAAGUACUAUAUUAAUUAAUAAAUUGUAAAUUUCUUCUUGGAAAAAACAAGAGGGCUGAACCGAUAGCACUGGUCAAAAAAAUUGUUAAAAUUAUUAUAAUUGUAGUAACUGUAAAUCAAUAUGCUCUUUCAAUAUUUUUGUUAAAUAAUAAUUAAUAUAUUAUAUAGUCAAUUUUUGUACACAUUCCCCAUCUGGUAGUGAGAUCAUAUCUCAAAUUUAUUGUUACAUUUUGCUUAUUUAUUUCUUGUAUUAACAUUUUGUAAUGUUCUUUUUUAAAUUUUAUUUUAUAAAUACAUUUAUAUAUAUUAUAGUGUCCAUCUAUUGCGUAUUAUGUCUAUCGUAUCAGUUGGUUGGUAAAUUUUUUUUUUUUAAACAUUGAGCCGAGAUGCCUUAGUAUUUGGGCUUUUCUUGUGUUGACUGUUAAGAGAAGCUCGACAAUAAUAACAGUACUAUUGAUGUACAAAUUUACAAUUAAAUGUGUCAUAAUACUUAUAUAUGUACAAUUAAUAAUAAAGCUGUUUAAUGUGUACUAACUGGUUGCCUGUUAUUUUUAUUUUUAUUUUAUUUUAUUUUAUUUUUUUUUAAUUAUUUUUUUUUUUUACUGCGAACAAGGCAAAAUUCAAACCAUCUAACGAUGUAUAGACUUUUAUAUGUAAAACAUUUUCUAUAUACCUGAUCCUGGAGGGGAAAAAAGUAUAAAGAUUUAUACUUAUUUCCAGUAUUUAUGCAAACGAUUACCGAUAGAUAUACAAUUUACUUUAUCGAUUAAUUUGUGUAAAUGUUGUUCAAAUGGAUCGGCUGUUAUAUUCGUAUGUGAGAAUGAAAGCGAAUGAUUGUAAAUAAUAUUAAUAUUAUAUAAGAAUUAAUAAACAAUAGAUAUAGACAAAUUUAUAACCCUAACGGUAAAUUUUUUUUAAAAGGGUAUUAUGAAAGAAGGUUGGGGACAAAUCAUUUUAGAACCUUGAAUUGUAAUGUAAAAUGGUAAUUUAAAUAAAAUGAAAUGGAGAA